CAUAUAACGUCAUUCUAACCUCACUUUUAGUUGUUUUGAUUAACCAUCGAACGAUGCUGGGAAAUUGUGAGUUUUAUUGUGAAAAAUCGCUUGAUAGUGCUACAAAAUGACCCAGAAUAAAUUCAGGAAGAAAGUAGCGAUUGGCGGUGGAAUCAUUACUGCAAUGGGACUUAUGGCAUAUGAAAUCUUCCGGAUAAGGAGAAAAUUCGAUGCUCUGGUGGACACCAGUAUUAUGGACUACGACCGGAAAAGGCCAGACUACAUCUACAUCAACUAUUCAAUAUACAGAGAGUCCCUCAAAAGGAUGCAGGAGGAGCAACUCAGCAAGACCUUUGUCAACAUCAUCAGCCAUCCAAUUGAGAAAUGGUGGAAGGCAAUGAAGCAUUCUGUUGCGUGGAGACUCCUCGAAACAGCCCAAAACUCUGAUCGUCAUGACAGGAUCAAGGCUGUUCGUCAAUUAGCUCUAGUAGAUCACCUCAAAUCCUGGGACUAUCAGCAUCUAGCUCAGAUUUGCGAUGCCCGGACAGCUAUCUCUCUGGCCAGAUCCAAUUGUGACCUGAGGUGGUUUCUGCCACCUCGACACUUGGGCAUAGUCAAGAAUCCCAAAGUCCUCCUAAAGGACAUCCAUAGGCUGCUGGAAGAUGUGCAAAGCAACAAAUGUGCUGCCACUCUGUUGCAAAAAACCUUUGGAAAAUACACUUUCCAGGACGUUGAACCCAAUCAGGAGACCAUUCAGUUCUCCAAAGGAUUCGCCAAAAUGAGCAGUGAGCUGGAACUACUGAAGCAGUGCAUUGAUGUCCUGUCACAUCUCUCAGAAUACCGAGACGUGGCUGAGAGGAUCAUCACAGAAGGUGGCCUGAUGCACUUGAUGGAGAUCUACAAGAUCUUCCGGAAUGACUUGGAUAUGAAAUUGAAGAUUUGCCGUGUCAUUACAAAUCUCAGUGUAUGCUACAGUCACUUCCAGGAUUUCUUUGUUACCGGCUGGAUUACAGUUCUGGCUCAGUGGACGCGCAAUGAGGACAUGAGGAUCUGUGUUACAGCAGGCAAGGCUCUGAGGAAUCUCGAUGUCGAUGACACCAUACCGUGCCUGUACAAGUCCAAAGUCUAUCCACUCUACCCAAUGUGGAGGCGGAAGAGGCGUCCGGAAGUGGAUAUUGUGUUUGUGCAUGGCAUCCUAGGAGGUGUUUUCGUGACGUGGAGGCAGAAGGAAGGCGUCGCCAGUGAAGGAAUGCGUGACGGUGGCGUAAUUCGGAUGACCAAAACCCAUAGAAAAAGUUUCUCAGAUGAAAUUUUGGAAACUCUCGAAGGAAUUGAUGGAAAUCGCGGAGAUCUCUCGGAAGAUUGGGAAAUCGUUUAUGAGGAUUGCCCUGAAAAAUCUUCCUCGGACGCUAAGGGUCCAUUUAGCAUUUCCGGGGAUGAAUGGAAUGCUCCUGAUCCCAAUGAGUAUUCAAAUUGCUGGGCUAUGGAUUGGCUGCAAGAAUCUUUCCCGGAUAUCCGGGUGAUUGGUCUGAAUUAUGAUUCUACGCUGUCUGAAUGGUAUUCGAAAUGCCAUGGAUGUGGGUGUCACAUCCACAGGGGUACUAUCCAGACGCGUGCCAGGGAGUUCCUGGAACAACUUGUUGAGGCCAAAGUUGGCGAAGGGGGUAGACCUGUAGUUUGGGUGGGUCAUUCAAUGGGUGGCCUCAUAGUCAAGAGUAUCAUUACACAAGCACUGAAGCACAGUGAUGAGAGAGUGAGGAGCAUUGGGAGCAAUACGAGGGGCAUAAUGUUCCUGGGAACUCCCCAUCGAGGCACCCCAGUGGCUAAACUCAAGCAGCACACGCAGAUGAUCCUGUCGCCGACGGUUGAAGUCCGGGAAAUGGAGGAGAAUGCCAAGAGUCUGCUGGAACUUCAUUCGGAUUUCGUGGAUAGGAUUAAGGAUUUCAAAACUGGAGUUGAGAUUGUGAGCAUUGCUGAGGGUCUUCCGACGAUUCUCACAAGUUUCAAGCUUUCGUAUCAUGUUGUAACUGAGGAUUCGGCAAAAAUUGAACUUGGGGACUUCUAUCGACUCUAUGACGAUCAUUUGGGAAUCUGUAAGCCCUCCUCUCGACAUUCUUUCCUUUACCAACGUCUCCUGGGCAUCAUCAAACGUAUCCAUGCGGAUCUGCACCAAGCUAAAAUUAGCUGAUUGUGAAUUGUGGCUUUAUUUCGAAAGACUGUGAAAUUAGAUUGGACCAUGACGAUAACUCGAUUCCACGACAAACCCAACAAUCCCAUAAAUUAUUCAGUUGCUUAAAAAAUUUUUAGGAAUUAGGUUCUAAAAAUCCUGCCAGGAGGCUUCGUUGGAAAAUUGUUAGUGACUUAAAAAUAUAUAUAUUUUUAUUUAUAUUGCAAAA